ACAAAGUGGGCUGGCAGCACAAGAGCCAUGUGUUUCAGCUCCACGCUUUGAAGGGCUCCAGAAACUUUUCAGAGCAGCUUCUGAGAAAUAUCACGUAACAGGCAGGAGAGAGGAAAAAUAAAAGGGAGAGGAGGAGAAAAAAAUGCGGGAGAGGGAUGGGGUGCAGAGAUGCCGCAGAGAUAAAUUAGCUUUCGUGCAUGUGUUGUUUUGGUAGCAGCUAGCGUGAGUGCUUCUGUUGGAGGACAACUGUGGAUAUUACCAUUAAAAGGUAAAAUGAUGCAGCGUGAGGAGCUGUCAGCCAGAGAGGAGUUUACCUACAGCCACAUGUCCACCCUGGAGAGGAACAGUGGGACACUGGGACGCCGAGGUGACAGGGGAAUAGAGAGAAGGCCAGACAGGGUGGAGAGGGAGAGGCCUGAGCGCGACAGCUACACGGUGGACGUGAGGGCCAGCGACCUGCAGCUUUCACAGCCAGAGCCUCUAAAGCACCCCUGCUUCAGCUGCAGGGCCUGGCUCUACAGCGUCCUCAUCGGGGGGAGUCUGCUCAUCACAUCUGGUUUCUCUCUGUACCUCGGAAACACGUUUCCCGUUGCCAUGGACUACCUACGUUGUGCUGCAGGCUCUGGAAUCCCAGCAGCGAUUGCGAGCUUCGCUAUAGCCAAGAAACGACACGUUGCAGUGUCAGAUUUCCAAGUUGUCUAUGUGUCUACGUUUGCCGUUACAACCACCUGCCUGGUUUGGUUUGGUUGUAAACUGGUGUUGAACCCGUCUGCCGUCAAUAUUAACUUUAACCUCAUCCUGAUGCUUUUGCUGGAGGUGUUGAUGGCCGGCACUGUCAUCCUGUCAGCCCGCUCUGCAGAUGACUGCUGCUGCCGCAGGAAGUCUGGACCAUGUGACAGACCUGUGGUCAUCAAACCUGCGGUCUUCCCCACUCGACUUCUUAAGGCGUAUUCUGUGAUUGAAGUGAUUGUGGGAAUCUCAGCUGUGUUUGGAGGGAUUAUCGCGCUCAACAUGGACGCCUUGCUGCCUGGUCCAUAUUUGUCCGUCACAUUUUUCUGGAUCCUUGUAGCUUGUUUUCCAAGUGCCAUUGCCAGUCAUGUUGUAUCAGAAUACCCCAACAAAUGUCUGGUGGAGGUUCUGAUUGCCAUCAGCAGUGUGACAUCCCCGCUGCUCUUUUCAGCCUCUGGCUUCCUCUCGUGCAGCGUGAUCAACUUUAUUGAAAUAUUCCUUUACGACGUGCCCACAGCCAAACAAUCCUAUGACAUCCUGCUGUUGAUUCUGAUGGUGUUGCUGCUAGUGCAGGCAGUUCUUACUUCAGCCACUGUGGUGCACUGUGCAACAUACAAGAGUCACCUCCAUGCAAGGGCUUCAGAAUGUGAGGAGAACAUGAUGCUGACCGCAGCUCAUUACCAUGAGCAGCAACAGAUUCCCAACGGAACACUGCAGGAUCAUGACAAAGACAGAGCCUGGAAAGCAGUUCUGGUCCAAAUGGCUCAAUGAAAGGUUCUGUUGAAUACACAGAAUUGCAUCCUGGGUUGAAAGCAAACAUUUUAAUAAGGUAUUUAGAAUAUGUUUGCAACAGGUUGGCUGAUGGGAAGAUUGGAUUGAAAAGAGGAGAGGACAAAUGCAAAUGAAGUCUAAAUACAGAGGAAGAGGGGUUAGGUUUGUUGCAUAAAAAGGCAUUUAGCACUUUGUUGAUUUGUGUGUCUUCUGCUUUUUUCUAAUGACUUGUUAUUGUUCUUGAACGCUAAAAGUAGUUUUUUCUGCAUUUAAUGACUGAUGGCUUGUCUAAUUUUUUUUCACAUUUAUAUCAUCAAAUACAUUUAAAUGAUGUAAUUUACACAAAGGUGAAUUGUUUCCGUGCAAGUAUAGACUCCACCACACAUAAUUUUCACAAAUGUGAAAGAUAGUAAAUGGUACAAUUUAAAACGAAGAGAUUUUGCUAUCAAUAAAAGUAAAAGUAACAUUAUCCUCAGGAUCUUAGUGGAAACAGGUUAAUUACUUCUGAUUCACACUUGCAAACAUGCGUUGUGAUUGAAAUGACGUUCUGCAUUAGCGUAAAUAUUUUCUUUGAAUAAAUAUGUGUUUGAAAUGUU